GCUGCCUGUUGUUACUGUCUGCUCGUGCAGGGUACAUAUACACUGCCUCAUUCCCACGCGUGGAACUUGUGGACGUUUUACCUGGGAAUGAAGAUCCCAGCGCAGCUGUGAAUUCCGCUGUUUCUUUCUUUUGUAUCCCAGUUGACAUCUGAUAAGCAAGGCGAUGGAGAACAAGGCCAUGUACCUGAGCACCUAUGAGGAGCGUGAGAACGCAUCCAUGUACGAGGACGCCUACGACGGACACAACCUGUCCAAACUUAACCUGUGUGACGAAGGUUCUGGAACGCGGCACAGGAAAGCGGAUCAGUGUUGCGGUCAGCUCAACUCGCUCUCCGCCAUCAAGUACGCCAUCGUGACGCUCUACGUGCUGGUUGUUCUCACCAUCUUGGGACUCUGCCUGGCAGUGUCUCGCUCCCAGACCACGUCACAGCGGCAGCAUCUGCUGAUGGAGAACGCUCAGGGUGACAUCCUGGAAAACAUCUGGAAGCUGGAGAACCUCUUCCAGAACCACAGCGACUGGCUGCAAAGACUGGAGGUUGUCAUUAAGAGCCUGGAGGUGGACAUGAGGAGCAUGCAGGCGCACUCCCUCCAUUCAGAAGGCUACCUGGUGCACCUGGACGACCGACUGGCCUCAUUCACCAACUCCGCCGGCAGGAACCUGACAGGCCUGAGCGACGAGGUGGCCCGCACGUCCUCCUGGCUGCACGACCAGCACUUGUUGCUCAGGGAGACUUCGGGUCAGGUGAGCGGACUGAAGGAGAAGCUGGAAGAUGUGAACUGGACGGUGGGAGCAGUCAAUCACACCUUCAGCAACGACAUCAACAUCCACCACUUGAAGAUACAAGACUUGCAGAUCCAGAUCAGCAACAUAACCGAGGACACGUCCAGUUUGUGGGUGACACAUGUCCACACGGAGGCACAGCUGAGAAACGAGAUGGAGAUCCUCAACACCCUCACUGAGGACCUCCGCUUGAAGGACUGGGAGCACACCAUGGCCCUGCAGAAUGUCACUUUUUUUGAAGGGCCUCCGGGGCCAAAAGGGGAGAAGGGAGACACAGGACCACUGGGGCCCAACGGGGCUCCUGGAUUGACAGGUUUAAGAGGCUUUGCUGGAGAAAAGGGCCUCCAGGGUCCUCGUGGUAUAAAAGGCUCAGAUGGUGAUGAUGGUAGUCAUGGAGACAAAGGAGACAUUGGACCUGCUGGACCAAAGGGGGACAGAGGAGAUCGAGGCAUGAAAGGAGACAAGGGAGACCAAGGAGCCAAAACUGUGGAGGACACCCUGGUGCGCCUGGCCAACGGCUCGGGUCCUCAUGAGGGUCGCGUGGAGGUCUUCCAUGAGCGCCGCUGGGGCACGGUGUGCGACGACGUGUGGGACAAAAAGGAUGGAGACGUGGUCUGCAGGAUGCUGGGAUACCGAGAGGCAGCCGAGGUCCAUAAGACGGGACGCUUCGGACAAGGCGCAGGUCUCAUCUGGAUGGACGACGUAGCGUGCACGGGCUCCGAGGACGCCAUCCACCAGUGCCAGUUCUCCGGUUGGGGCAAAACCAAUUGCGGGCACGUGGAGGACGCUGGCGUGACGUGCGCCACUUAAAAAAGUCCACUGCCCAUGUGCGCUGAGCUAAAAACUUGAUGGUUAUGUGGUGGACAUUCUUGCCCUGCUCCAACACAAAGGUUUUGAUUCACGGGAUGACAGUGUGAGCGCUACAUAGUGGCGCCUCCUCGAGACUCAAAUGCAGUGCUUGUAUGUCCUCUGUGGGGUUGGGAGGGGCUGAUCUCAUCUCAUCUGUCACGUCCAUGUGAGGAGCUUUUUGGCAGACGCCUUAUUAUUGUUAUUGUCAAUAUUCUGAUUAUUAUUCUGAUUAGUACUAUGACACCAGCACAUAGCCAUAUCCAUGUCAGUCUGAUGGACACUCAAUAACUUUGCCUUUGCUUUAAUCCAUUCGUACGGCCUGGAUCUGGACUACAAACGCACCGAAAAGAGUCGCCAAAAGCAACAUGCAGGCGGCCUCCGUCUUGUUUAUUUUCACCGUCAUCUCAAUGUCAUCACAAUGCGUCUCCUUGCGUAUCAAACAGGAUAUUCUCUUGAGUAUUUUCUCGGGAAGCUCAGCCAAGUUGAUGGUGACAAUUUGGACGACGCCAAAACCCGGGCGGCCCUCGGAGGAAUGUUUUUUCUAGCAGAACCACAAGUUCAUGUGUCGGAGAGACGCCACAAACUCAGCCAAAGGAUGAAUCAAUGGCGCCGCCUCCCGCUAACCUCCUGGCAGCACAUUCUCUUGCCUUGUCAUGUGAUCUCCUGAUUCCUUUUGACGCAUUGGGCUGAUUGGCAACGCUAAAUGGUCCCUAGUGUGUGAAUGUGAGUGUGAAUGUUGUCUGUCUAUCCGUGUUGGCCCUGUGAUGAGGUGGCAACUUGUCCAGGGUGUACCCCGCCUUCUACCCGAGUGCAGCUGGGAUAGCACCCCCCCAACUCCCUACACACACACACACACACACUCACACACACACGCACACAACCUCCAGAGUGACAAGCAGUACAAAAUGGAUGGAUGGAGGGGCUUCAAAUAACUCAAAUACUUAAAAGCGCUCUUGAUGCUUUUGAAAAUGAGAAAUAUUUAAAGCAAGUGCCCUUAGAUGUCUUUUCCUAUGAACCUUUUCAACAUGUGUCAUGUCAUACAUGUGUUUUUUAUUAAGUUGUUCCACAUUUACUGGAAAAGGGCAAAUAUUUUGCCCUAUGUCGAUUUUUGUACUACUAAACUGCAUAUGCACUGCUGAAAUAAUAAAAGUAUGUUUUGUUUAAA